AGUAAUAGGUGCAAUAUUACUUAUAGAUAUUACAAUCUUUAGAGUAAUAAGUUCUGACAAAUGACUAUUUUAGAGUGAAACAUGUUCCUAUUCGUGAUACUAUAUAUCUUCAGUGGCUGGAUUGUAAAUGAAAACCAAGGAGUAUAUAAGGAUCUAGUAAGAUAUAGAGAGUAUGAAUUUACAUACGUUAAACUGAAGCCUAACCUAGAUUACGACAACGAGUUUGUCGUUAAGCUUGAUCAAGGCGUACGAGUGACAGACUUCUUAACUGCCAUUUACAACAGAUUCGUAUCAAACAGACCUUUGUGCGACUUCCAAACCAUAGACUACCCUACAACGAGAGCCGGCUACAAACCCGCUACAUGCGUGCACGAAGCCACGUGCUCUGAAACAUACAACGCGUUGGGAGAAUGGUCCAAUAAAACUUGCCAACUUUUCGCCAAUAAUGAAAGGGGCGGACAUGCUGGUUAUCUCUGCUGCCCUGUUGAGCAAACCGUCGAUUAUCAGCGAGAUCCUUUGGUACAAUAUUACCCCUCGAAUAAAGAUCAAAGAGUGCUUCAGUUCAGGGAAGUGCCGCCUACCUUCAAAAUGUACGAGAAAUCUCCAUACACUGCUUUGCUGCAGAGGAAUGCAGCAGCGGUUAAAAAUCACACCAUUUUAGAAAAGGUAUUCGAACAACAAUAUAAGGAGAAAAUGCAGUCAGCAUUGGUCUGUGAGUUCAGAAAAGGUGAUGUGAUAUUACCCAAAAGUCAAUCGAGUAACCACGAGGACGUGCGAGAAAUAAUCCUGUUCUUUUGCACAAAACCAGCGCAAUGUCGCAGAAGCCCAGAUAAGGCACCGCACUACUUGUCGCGAUAUUUCUGCGCGAAUGUGAUAAAGUUCGACUACACCCAGGCAGGUCGCUCGGUCUGUUGCCAGGACAACGAUAUCCUCCCGACAUUCUUCGGCACCAAUGCAGCACCAGUGCCAGUGCUGCGCCUGCCUCAGCUGCCGACCUACCUCAAGUACGCACCUGGCCUGCGCAGUGCGUUCAAGUGUGAAGAGUACUCGAAGAAAGGGUGCGAGAGACCGUCGGACGAGUGUUUUUAUCAAGAUACUCCUCACUUUGUUUCACUGGGUUUCGUGGCACCAAAGUUCAUGAUGUAUCACUGUGGAGGUGCACUGAUCAGUAGAAGGUACUUCCUCUCGACCCACAGAUGCAGGCACUUCUUCGGUUUUGUGACAAAUGUAGCGCUGUUGGGAGAGCACACGACAAGUAAUGUGGAUGUGAACGAGAGGAUUUACGUGGUGGAUGAGAUCCGGUCAUAUCAGAAGAGCGGAUUUGAUCUGAAACCAGGUGAGACUCCUCCUGAUGAAGUCAACCAAGUUGAUCUUGCACUUUACAGAGCAUCCAAAGAAGUAAAGCUGUUCUAUAACAUAAGGCCUGCUUGUAUCUUUCAUACAGCAAUUUCCACUACUAAUGUUUUGGAAUUUACUGGUUUUGGCCCUAAUCAGCUAGAUCUUUACAGAACCGAAAAGAAGAAAACACUCAGCUUGAGGAAAAUAAAUAAAGUAAACUGCUCAUCUAAAAAUGAAUACGAUGUGUUCGCUGACCCCUAUUACGGUCGGUACGGCGUAACUAAAGACUAUAUGAUGUGUUAUCACGAUACUACCAGCUCACCGACGAACAUACCUUGCAAGUACGACAAGGGUGGUCCACUUCAGUACUGGUUAUCCACACCAGUCUGUUCCACAGCAGUGUUGGGAAUUCUAUCGUCCAACAGAGAAGACUGCUCCAAUAGUGCAAGAGGACAUGUAUUUAUAAAUGUCACAAAGUUCAUCAAACAGAUAGAGGAUGCAGUGUGGGGCCAAUUCACCUUCUUGGAUCUGUUUGAUAAGGAUCUACAAAGACCUCACUGUCGUUACAACCAGAACCUCAUGUUCUUCAACAGGCCAAUAACUGAAUCUAAGCCUUGAACCUGGUCCCGAUUAAUAAAUUACCUUAGUCAGUGAA